AUGGCCUUCGGCGCCGCAUUGCCAGGCAUGGCUGGCGCCGAUUCUUGGGACAAGCGCUAUCACACCAUCUUUGUCGCGACCAACCAUGGCAGGCCCAACGCAUAUCGCUUGGAUGAGGAGAUGUUCAUCCCACACAAGGUGCCGGGCCAUCUCUGGGACCAAAUAGGCAUAAGCCUUGGCUACUUUCUCUGGAACCCCACCGGCUUCACGCUCCUGGAUCUUCUCUAUAGUGGUUGGCCCAUCUUCGGACUUCUCCGGCAGUUGCGAGGACAACUCUCUAGGCUGGAGAGCGGCGAGGUGGGUGAUCUUCACUACCUGCACCGUGCCAGGAGGAUGGCAGCCUCAGAGGGACGACCUGGAGAAACGAUGGCGCGCAUCGCGUGUGUCUUUCAGCCGAACCGUCCAGAGGUUGAAGGAGAUGGCUGUGCGGUCUUGGAGGCGGAGAAGAUCUUGCAGAGGGCCGAGGAGAUGCUGAUGAAGGAGAAAGAUUCGAUUUGGCAGUCUCGUCAGAAGCAUUUGGCCUUCGAAGAACUGAUGGCAACAGCAGACCAGCAGCUCCGGCGCCUGGUGGAGUGGUUUCAGGCGCCGGGCGAAGGCUUCCGGGCUCCAGGAGCCAGGCUGGCAGCAGGUGUCCUAAUCUCUGCGGAUGCUGUUUUGCCGCGCUUGGAGCGGCUGCAACGCCACUUGCGGCGCUGGACCAGCCAGGAAUCGAAGGAAGGGCUCUGCGGAAGCUCGCUGUCGCAACAAGGUGCCCUUGUGGCUGAAGCUUCGUACGUCCAGCGGCUCUUCAGUCAGUUGGAGAGGCCCCAUGUCGUUCCCAUUUCGCGGCCUCUGGCCGCCACAGAGGCUUGGGUCACCUUCCUUUGGGGUGGUCAUGGGAAGGUGACAACGGUGACAACGGUGACAACGGUGACAGCCCUUGCCUGUCAGGCAGAGGAUGGCGCCUGGAUCUAUGGGGAGGCCAUUCGGACCUUGGCACACUCCGUGCGGAGGGUCGAGGACUGGUCCCACGAUGGUGCCACGCCUUUGGCGGAAGUGGAUACGAAUGCUUCCUAUACGGGCACUGUGACCAACGUGGGACAAUUCGGCGUCUUCGUGAACUUCGGCGCCGUGAAAGAUGGACUGCUGAAAGUUUCAUCCAAGCUGGGGCGCCGUUUGAAGAAGGGGAUGCAGAUUGAAGACUUGACCAUCACGUCCCUCGACCCAGAUGCUGGCAAAGUGGUGAUGGAGGUUGAUGAGGCCCAACUACAAGAUCUGGAGCCCAGGCCUCGAAGCCGCGGCCGAAGCCCAGCCCCCAAGAGCCGGGCCAAGAGUCCAAGACCACGGGCGCGACCAUCCAGGCGGACUUGGAACCAUCCAGGUGCAACACCGCUGGAAGAGUUGCAAGAAGGCGACGUCUUUGAAGGGACUGUGACCAAUGUCAGCGUCUAUGGCGUCUUUGUCGACUUGGGGGCAGUGCGUGAUGCUCGUCUCAAUGUGCCCGCUGCCAUCGGCCGGAAAUUCCGAAUCGGCGAUGUGGUACAGGACUGCAUCAUCGACAAACUCGACCUGGAACAGGGCCGCAUGAGCGUGGCCUUGCCAGAGGAGGCACUUGAGGCCGCGGCCGCGAAGGACUCCAAGGCCACGCCUAAGGCUUCGGCCAAGGCCAAGGCCAAGGCGAAGGCACAAGUGAAAGCCAAGGCUGCGACUACCCGUGCUCCAGCCGAAGCGCCACGUGUUGGAUCUACAUCAGCGAAAGCCAAGCCACGGGCAAAAUCACUGCCACGUGGAGGAACUUCCGGCGGCGCGACUGCGGCCCCAGCGCGGGCACAGCCAAAGCGCGCCGCUUCGGCUGGCCCAACGCGCGCCCCUGGUGGGAAAGGCCCCCCCGUGCGGGAGCGCCCCGAGCGCCCCGAGCGACCUGCACCGAAGCAACGGGCGGCGCCCAAAGGAGGAACCUCCGGCGGUGCGACUGCGGCACCAGCGCGGGCACAGCCAAAGCGCGCCGCUUCGGCUGGCCCAGCGCGCGCCGGUGGGAAAGGCGCCCCCGAAAAACGGGAGCGGACAACGGAGCGACCCGCAGCGAAGCAACGGCCGGCGCCCGCAACCAGAGAGACAAACGGAGGCAUAGCUAUCGAGAAGCUACGUGUGGGCUUGGCUGUUGACGGUAUUGUCACCAACAACAAUCAGUAUGGUGUCUUCGUCAACAUCGGUUGUGCCAAGGAUGCACGACUGAAUGUCAGCAGGCAGAUGGCCAAGGAGUUCCGCAAGGGUGAUGAGAUCUAUGGAAUGACCAUUGAGUCUGUUGAUUUGGAGAAGAAUCAGAUCUCGUGCAGCCUGGAAGAUCCUGAACUCUUUGUGGAAGAAGAAACUGCGCCCAGCCGAAGAAGAAAAUGA